UGGCGGCGGAUAUUUUUGGAAGUGUUCGUGAAAAAAGUCAAAUAUUUGAUCCGAAUUAUCGAAUAUAUUAGUGCAAAAUGGCUAAAUUUUGAAAUAGUACAUAAUAACGUGUCUUUGUGCUGAAAAUGGAUAAAGAUAACGUAGAAAAGGUUGCCAGUUGUGAGGAAAAUGCUGGUCAAGUAUUUCUUCUGAUGGGAAGGGAGUACAGAAUAUCAAGAAGUAUUAGAGCUCAGUGGUUCUUUCAACAAUUCAACUCUAUUCUUCCUCAGCCCAAGCCCCAGGAUGAAUUAUUGGCAUCCAAUGAGGAGCUGGAGAUUCUCUCAAUACUGCCGAGUGAGUCAUUUGAUACAGCAACCUCACAUAGAGACAAGACUCUAUGCCUUGUACCCUCUACCCAUAUGACAUUCAUUGGUAGACGAUAUCGCUUUGUCUUUUGCCUAGAUGUCAGUCCUUCAUUGGCUACGGUGGACAUUCAGUCUGGUGAUGUGAUUACAGAUGAAGUUUUUCAAAAACUGAAAAAUUGUUUAUCAGCGCUGGUUGCACCUUUUUCAGUUCCUGGUAACAAUGUUAUCCUUCGUCCCGAGCUUUACAUAACUAUCAUUGCAUAUACCUCAAUAUUAAGUCCAGAAACUCCACAGAUUUUACUUCAAGGUUGCCUCAUCACUGAAGAAAAUCUCGAUUUUAUCCUUGACUCUAUAUACAACAAGCUAUCAAAACUAGAAGACACAUUGGCUGCAACAGUAGCAUUGACAGGAGAAAGUGACCCCAAACCACAGUCUCAAAAGACAGAGGGGGAUUCUGACAGCAUACAGAAUGACACUAUAACUCUAUUGUCGCCCGAGGCUGGACCCAUUUCAAUGCUUAGGAGUGCAAUUCUUGCUUUACAACUUCUGCCUGAUAAUGCAAGUGCUGGUGCUGUAGUGAUUACUGAUGGAGUAUUUGCCUUGCCUGAUGCAUCAGCAGUUGAUUCCCUUUUAGCACAGUUAAGAGCAAGUACUGUAUGCUGCUCAUUUAUUAAGGUUGGCAGUGGAUUCCAUGCUCAUUGCAGUAUUGGUUAUGUGCCCCACUGUGAUCUGAUGCAGUUUAUUGCUAUGGCAACAUCUGGUGCAUAUCUAGCAAAGGCACCUCAAGUUGCAAGAGAAGCACAAAAAGAUGGGGCUCAUGAUUUGCCAGUAAUGAAUCUGUAUCACAAGGCUCUACUGUGUUGGAGUUUUCAAAAGGACUACGACUUGAGCAAGAUUGACUCUUGGAUAGGUGAUGCUAUUAAUCUCAGUGAAGAUGACUUGGCCUUGCCAUUGGUUGGAGUAAGGUCAACAUUGUCAUAUGCUCUGAGUGAAUGGGAAAGGAAUGCUAUGCAGCCAUCCAUGCACAAAAAACAGAUGGAAUCCAAGCUACACACCAGUAUUACCAGUGUCAUCAGUGUUCGUCUUCGUGAAGGCUACUCAGUACAAGAUGUUUCCAUCACAAAAGGUGGCAAACAACUGGAGGUAAAACUCACCCUUCCUUGGAAACAGCAUGUACAGAUUGAGUACACUGCUAUUGCUGCAUGGCCUCUUAGUAGAUCAAACCGUAUAACACAUGUUGAGGUGACAAUAACAGCUCCGUAUGAAUUCUUACAUGAUGUGUCAUACUUGACCAAGGAGCCUUUUACCAGUGGAUACAGAGCCAUGGUUGUAAAGAAGUUUCGUCAGACUAUGAAAAACAUUCAAAGUACAGAUGAGCUACUCUUACAUCUACAGUCCUUCGCAUCUAACCCUGUCUACUACACUAUUCCUGAAAGUGCCAAGAAUGGUGUACCAUUAUUUUAUCUGCCGCCAAACUCCAGCAAUCCAGUGUUGUCAGUACAACAUGAAAAAAAAAUCUCAAAAUCACAAGAAUCUCAAUUUGCUGUGUUUUGGAAGCCAGUAUUGACCCUUGAUACUACGACAUGGCAGCGAUGGAUGCACUGUCAUCGGAUAGGUCUUCUUCUGGAGCAUGACAUUCCCUUGCCUAAGAAUCUCCAUCUGCCUAUCGGUAAUGAACGCUUUCAUUCAAUUCAAUGUCGAAUGGCGCUUAGUUCGCUCAACUCUCUGUUACGUCAGAUGAGCUCGUUUGUUCUUCUGGAAAAUCAUUCAUACAUCAAGUUUAUUGAGGGGGAUACGCCAGAGAGUCCACCAUCUUCGUUCUGUCUGAUAAGAGUGUCGUCACGUGCCCCGUGUAUUGUAAUUAGGCUGGCCUUCCUAGGAGGUACACCAGGGAACGUUAGACACAUGAUAACUAAGGAGAUCAGAUCCAAACUAAUUGAGGUAACAGCGCCAAUUGGCCCUAUCAGCAAAACGACAAAGAUUCAAGUCAGCCAGAACAAAAGCAAAAAACGUGGAAGUCAGCGGCUAGCUGAAGAAAAGCCAUGCGUUCUGGUGUUAGAAAAACCCUUAGAACGUGUUCUUGUUCGUUACGAUCGAGUUCCAGAAGAUCUGUUCUUCCCGUACCCCGACGUUCUUUUAUACUCAGUAUACAGUACCAAUACUGGUCUUCAGUAUGCCAACAGAACCAAUGAUAACCAUAUGAAGGUAUUAUGUCAUUACCUGUACCAUCAACGAUGGGUGUGGUCAGUACAGGAAGAUGAGCCCAGUCAUAGUAACGCUGAAUUUGUUGCCAGAGUACUGACAACACUUACCAAGCUACGCUUACAAGAGAAAUUCAACAUUGCGUGUAGCAAUGCUGGCAUUAUAACUAUGGCUAGGGAGAUAAAAAUGAAGGAUCACACGAGUAAUAGUGGUCAGAUAUAUCCCUGCAUCGUACAAUACGUCAUGUUCCCGCCAUACAGCAAACCAACCGCCAGUGCAGUAGAGGACUGGGUCGAUGAAGGUAAAACUACAUCACCUGAUAACAAACAAAAGCUGCAAAUGGUGACAGAGGUCUGGAUCGAGCCUCAGUUUGGUGUCAUAGUCAAUGAUGACAAAGCUCUUGAGUACUUGAAUGGUCUGCAGUAUUUUGAGGUCCCUCAAGCAAUAUUCGACAUCGAUUAUAAAUACGUUUCUGCUUUCCUGACAUUCGAGCGAAUAUGGCGAAUGUGUGACGACCAAGUGAUCUGUGCACCAUCAUCUUCCAGCCCUAACACUCCUUCCAUGCUUCCUGCUCCAUCUCCAGACCGGAACUGGACUGUAGAAGCUGUUCCGUACUCGUUUGAUCCCCUACUCCUGCUGCCAAAGAGUCGACAGGUUGAGAUGGUCUUCUCGUCAAUUCAGGAAAAUACAAUGCAAGACACCAACGGUCUCGGAGAGAUGCCGAAUGAAGUUCUUUUCAAACUUCUAAUCGAAGACAUGAACCGCUUUCACGACCGUGAGAUCAAAUUGACAGAGAAAAACUGCCGAGACCUGAUGAAACACAUCCUUAAAAGAGACAGACAUAGCGUUCCAGUACCUUUCCUUGAAUUCCUAAAAUUAAGCAAAACAGAAUCUAGUGAAUCAAAUGGUGACAGCGUUGAACACUGCAACUUGGACAAAAAACCUCUUAUCAAAUGGAGAUGCUUUGCUCGCCCGGUUUCCGGUCUCGGUUACUUCCGCUUGAUGUUGAGUUUUAUUCCCGCAAGCUUAAAGUAUGUAAAGAUGUUCGGAAAGCAGAAACGAAAUUCCUUCGGCGGGAAAUCUAAAAUCGAUCCUGGCUUCAAGGAUAAUGGAAAUGUCCUGGAAGGUGUAAGGGAGAGUCUUUCGAGGCGAAGUUUGACACCCAUCAUGGAAGGCGUGGAGAAACGAAACCUGACACCCACUCCAGUGGCAGAAAUAGAACAGAAUCCAUUUUUCCCUGAUAAGCCACAUUCUGUACCAUUGACACUACAGACGGAGCUACAGUCCACAGAUCUCACGAAUGACAACAUAGAGGAAGACAAAGCUGGAUUUGAUCCCAAUCCAAGAAAAAUGGCGGAAUUAACCAUUGAUGUCCAACCUGAAAAAAAUGUCAAGUUCAAAGAAGAUGAUAACGUACUUACUCCAACUGAAGAAAACGUAUCUCCAAUGGCACCCAAUACACCCGGUUACGACGACGACUGGCUCUGUUAUAGUAUUCCUAUAUACUGCUACGAUUGCCCUAUGUCCACUUUGACCAACGUUGAACAAAAAAAGGAACCAGAUGAAAGAACUGAGGAAAUUAGAAAGCGAGAAGAUAUCUUUCAGGAUUUCACACAGACUUCGCAUGUUUUCGUGGACCCUUUUAGUCUAGAGGAAAUCCCUAGAAUGGCAGAGGGAAGGACACUUGGUCGAUUUGGAACUUCGAAGGAUCUUCUCUUGCACUGCAACGCUGUCCAUGAUAUAUUUUUCCGCUGUUUUGUGUCUAGUAUUUUUACAAGCCUUCAAAGUGGCCAUCAAAUGAACAUUAGGGACGUCCAAUCAGCUGUCGAUACUUGUGAAGAAAACUUCCUUGAAAUUGAUAUAACAGAGUUUAUUCGCCAUCUUUGUGGUCACUUUUCAAACACUAGUCAACCCAAAACUUCAGACUCCGUAACAUCCUCACUCCUGUUAUGCCAGAAGACGCAAUUCCCGAUUUUCCAAGGGCGAGAAUUCCAGGGAUUUGGUUCUUUGCUGUUCUUGAAGACAGUCUUGAGUGACGUCUGUGAAUCAGCUCCAGGCCUUCACCAGUCCAUCAAGGAAAGGUUCAUGGGUAUCCUAGACAAGUAUUUCAAAGCAAUUCCAACAAGUGGAGAUUUGUAUUUCUAUUGUCCACAGUCUGUUAACGUCACAAAAAAGUCAUGUACAAGUAGCAGUUUUGAACCAGAAGAGGACAAAGAUGGCAUUGGUUUCCAAGACAACUCUGACAAACUCAAUGACGUUGAUGACAAAAGUGACGAAGAAGUCUUUGGCGACACUUUUGUACUGAUCCAAGAUGAUGACCAGGAGUACCCACUUUCUGAUGACUCUGAUUCAGAUUUUGGAUCCUCUUCUGAGGAGAGUGACUUCGGUGAGCUAGAAGACGACGACAAGAGUCUUAAAACACCACUGUUUUUACAACUGACAUGCUCACUACGUGACAGAAGUACUAUUGGUGGAGGAGCCAUGACGCCUGUCUCUGUCAGCUCCUUGCCUGUCUGUAUCGGAGAAAUCAUAAGUCGUAUGGAAGACGCAGAUACAUCGUUUGACCUCUUCAGUCCCUCCCUUAAAAUAACUAUUGAUUUAAAUUGUCUAACGCUGUCUCCUGAGGCAGACCAUUCUGCUCUAAGAUCAACCGCAUCGCAGGAGUACCCGUUACGAUCAAACUCCUUUUCUAGUGUUGGUUCCCCCCUCUCAAUGUCCCCUCAAGAAAAGUUUGAAUUCAAGCGCCAGGACUCCAAGACUGUUACGUCAUAUGACAUAGAUGGGUUAAAUGGUCCCGAUCCCCUUCGUAGUCUUCCAAACCAGCAACGAGUUGCUAUGAAUAUCACAUGUGAGAACAUUCAGUGGUUACUGCAAGAUGAGGUCGUGUCUGAGUUACGUCACACUGGACCGUACACUACUGCCACUUUAGACAAGGUCGAGCGACAUGUCCAAAAGUCAGUUAGUCAUCCAUUAUGCAUCUACAGAAACGUUCCACUGCAGUUCGUGUUCGGUGCUGAGCAAAGCAUGGAGCUUUUCACCAAAGAAAUCGAAGAGAUUAAAAUCCACCAGUAUGAGAUGAGUAAAGUGGAUGACUAUUACUACUUGACCUUGUCUGAUGAAGACAGUGGCAUGUCACAAGAGGAUGAAAAUGAGCAGUUGGAUGGAGAAGAAGAAUCAGGGAAAGAGCCUGAACCAAGUGAUGAUGCUGUGGUCGAAGAUGAUAUGUUAUCCAAGACCAAGUCAUUCUUCAAAAGUGGAUCAAAUUCUACUGAUAUUACAGAUGAACGUUCUUCUGGGCAAGACUCCAGUGCAGAGUGCCCAUCUCGUUUGAAAAUGAAUGACAAGAAAAACUCUCCCACGAAUCUGACCACUGAUUCCCUGGAGGGGGAAGCCGGUCUUGGUCAUGAAGAAGUUAGUGAAGUGUCAGGCACAGAGAGUGAUUUCGAUGAAAGAAGCGAAAGACACGCAAAACAAGAGGGCCCUGCUAACGAUGAAACUUUAUUCGAAGCAAAUUCAACCAAUAUAAGUAAACAAGAUGUGGACCGACCUGAUGAAUCGUUGUCUAGAGCCACCAAAGAACGACUACCGGUUAAAAAACCUACCAAGCAAGAAUCCGAAGACAGCGACGCUGUUUUAACUCCAGUUGAUUUAUCACUGCCCCUGACUGUGUUAACGUCUCCUGAAGAAGAUUCGUGUUGUGAACAGCUGGUUACGCCAUUUAGCGAAUUUCCAACUCCGGUAGUCACCACUUCCACACCUGUUACGAUAAAAGAAGAUCAAGAUAAGUCUUUGGACAAGGAACAAGAUUCUAGCAGUGUUAUAUCAGCCAAUCAUAAAUCUGAUAUCUUGGACAAAGAUCCAACCUUGUGUGUAGGUGAUGCUGAAGAUCAAGAAAAAGAUUUUCCAGGAAAGAAUGGUUGUGAACAACCUUCAAAAAGUCCCACGACGAGUCCAAGGAUUCCAAGCAAACGUAGAGAGGACUCGUCAAAGAAGGUGAAUUUCUGGCUCGUCCUUCGGCUCUGCGAUAACUAUGUGGACAUCUAUUUUCAUGCAAGACAUUCUGAAUAUACCAAGAUGUCAUCUACGCAAGCUGAAGGUCUCAUAGAAACAGUAACCAAUGCUAUCCAUGAGAAGUGUCGUACUGUCAACCAGCAAAUGCUGCUCCAGGAUCUCUACGACACCAAAAUGUGCAACUCUCUCCUGUUUCCUGAAGCAGACGAAGACAUAUGGAAACAUGAAGACCUGAGAAUGUCUGUGUCACCUACGGGUGUUUACAUCAGUAAAAGUGAUGGUAGUGGUUACCUUGGUCGUUACGUACAGGGCGAAUUCAUCUUCCAACCUGGUCACUUCCAAUGCCUAAGUCAAUGGUACAGACACCUGACGUUUCAUCCACGUCUCCAAGAUCCCGCGGGACGCGCGUGCAAUUCCCUCGGGUGGAAAAUAAUUCGAGGUGUUUUGGAUCGAUUUGGCAUCAAGAAUAGAAGAGACAUGUUUGUCUAUAAGGAAAGCAGUGGACGGAUAUUCUAUAUGAGGUUGCUAGAGUCCCUCUGCGUCACUGACCAGUCCCAGUUUCCCAGUGAUGAACUCAUCCAAGACACAGAUGACGAAGAUAGACAGUCUCGUGACGAAGCCCUAUCCAACACUUCACUAAUUGGUUCUAGGACCUCAUCGCGAAUGUCCCUCUCGAAAGUGGGCCAAGAACAGGAUGAGGACGUCAGUGAACCAAGAUCGAACAAUAAAAGGCUAACGGUUGGCCUCCCAUUUGGUGACAAAGUAGAACAAAGUAUCGCCCUGCAUGUGUAUGGGGUAGACGAACCUGGCACAGAAAUAACCGUGGAUUUGAUUGAAGUACUGAACAAUCGUCUGAAUGACGCCACUCUUGAUAACCUUGCUUUCCUGCUCUCUAGGAAUCCUAACAGCAAACUCAACUACUCGGAUGUUAGGUUCAUUCAGCCGCCAGGCAAACUACCCAAUGCUAAACUAGCCGUCGUAAUCCCACCUCUAGACAUGGGCUACAUUUACCCUUUCUUUUACUACCUGAAACAAAACCUUCUUCAAGUGCUUCACAUCCCGAGGUACGCGGACUUGAAACCACGUCAACAGUUUAGAGACCCAGAGGAUAACGGGACGUGUGAGAUCUUUCUUUACAAUCGACCUCACUCCUCUGGUGGCAAAGGAUUGGCAUGUAUUUCCAUGAAAGUUGUGGACAGAAAUCAAGAUCCAGUCCAUUUCACCGUUGCUAGGAUACCGUCCAUCAAUGUUGAUCACUUGGAUCGAAACUUUUACGAGGAGCUAACAAGAGUCAAUAUGCUGUCAGACGAUACAUAUCUAGAUGACAACUGUAUCAUCCAGUUCUCAGUGUGGGAACGUGGUAACAUUGGACUCGAUGAUCAACUGGGUAAACAACUAAAGUGCAUCACCCAACAUGCGUUAUGUGACCUCCUUAUGGAAUAUCUGUUGCUUCCUGCGCCUCUCUCAUCCAUUCCUCCAGAGUACCAGAUUGAUAUCAGCUAUCGUCUCAGGUCUCUUUCUGAGCCGCCUACACCUUCUUCUAUUUCUCCUUCGUCGAAGGCGCUUAGGCCCGAUACACCAAAGCUAGAUUUAGRACAGAAUAAAGCACAGAAAGACAGUGAAAGCCAAGAGAUUUCUAGUGGAACUCCUCCGCAGCUUCUAACACGGAAAAUAUCAUCGGAUAGCAUCAAAAGUGCGCCAGGACACCGCAGGACACCAUCCUCUGAAAGUCAGGGCAAAGAGUUCAAAACGUUUCUGGAGAAACAAGGUUUUAAAGGACACAGGCGAUCGAAAUCUACAGAAAUACGUGGAAAGAGCUACAUAAUACAUCAACGAACAAACACAUACGAUGGCCAAGAGAAAUUCUAUUCUCAUAGUAAAGCCGCCCAUGCUUGCCUUCCUGGCGAUGCUACGACUAUUUCUCAUGAGUCACUACCUUCGCAGGGCGAUAUCGCACAACCAAAGCGAAAAUUAGUUUAUUCUGGAAAAGAGAUACUUAGUAAUGAAGACAUUGCCAAAAACAAGAAAACCACACCAAUAGACAUUGUUUCUAAGGCAGAUACAAAGGAUGAUAUGAAUAUUGCAGCAAGCUUGGAAAUGGCAAGCGAGGCUCAAGAAGUCGCGAAUGAUGAUACCGAUGGUACUCAAGCUGAUCAAACAUUGCCGGCUAAAGAAGAAGACGGUCUUUCGUUGGGAAGUCAAAGCAUGGAAAACUAUUUUUCCGAGCCGUCACGUGACACGGCCCCACGAGACUCACCGUCACGUGGUGUGACUCCUGAUUGUACAGAAACUCCCAUGAGGAAAGAGGAUUCUUGCCUAGAGCUUGUUUCAACGUUCGAAACUUUGAGUCACCAAGAAAUACUGGAAUCGCAAGAAUAUGCAUCCCAACCUUCGACUCCAUCAGCCGAAGAAAAACAAUUUCAGGUUCCCACCAAGACAACUGACAAGACUUCGCCUGAAAGUUCUCGGCCUCUGUCGUCCGAAGUAAAGCAUCGGGGAGGAGACGCCUCAACUUUUAGCCCUCUUUCAAAGAGUGUUAAUGUUACUCCACUGUUGAUGCCAACCCUGAAAGAUGGACACGAAACAUGGCAAGAUUUGGAGCGUAGAAGAAGAACGCUACAAGAAAAAUUGAAGAAGAGAAUGCAGUACGAAGAUGGAGAGAGAGGAGAGCUGCAUCCAAACAGUCAUGUGGAUGAUAUUUCUCGUAAUAACAUGGAUCACGUGUGUACUUGCCCUAAGUAUAAAGUUGGCAGAGAACCACUUAAGACACAAAAUCAAGAAACCUCAGUGGAUCAGGCAGGUCGUGUAUUCGUUAACACUCCCGGCUGUCCUUGUUUCUAUGUGCUCAUAGCACGAGAUCAUCGCCAGUGGAGAACAAGUCUAGGAUUAGAAAAUGAUCUUAAUGGCGACGAAGUCAGCAGUCAAUCAAGUCAUUCUCGAGCUAGCGGACAGCGCUUUAAGGCUUUGGAAUCGACUUCACCUGUUAACGUUAGGAACCAAGAAAGUGGAUCCUUAUGUAGUACCAGCACCUGCACCAUCCCUCGACAGAAACUGAUAUUAUUGACAUUCAUGAAUAAAAAGCUGAUUCUGUACACGUACAAUCUGGCCGCCGACUUUAACCAAUCCUUAGAAGAUCAAAUACAGCGGUUGCUGCACUGGAACAAUGCGCGGUGUCACCUAACGACCUGUUUAAUGACACAGAAGAUGGGUUUGUUCCACCACCUUUCGUUUGCUCAAAUCAAUGAAGGCAAAAAGGGAAAGGAUGUGAACCCAUACUGCAUGUCUGCAAACGACAUGGAUAUGAACGCCUUGAUCAGAAAAACAACGCCUGUCGUCAGUGACCGUGACCAAAAUACUUCACGAUCUCUCGCUAACGCCAACCUCCUGGUGUUUGAUCAAGUGUUGCGUGACGUGGUCCCAACAAGACCACUUCAGCAAACUCCAUACUUCCAACACAGGGAUCCCGUCAAACAACAUGGCUAUCAAUUCCGGGAAAUACGUUCUGCCCAAAUCAAAGCCAACACUAUACAGACAGCAUUGGAAGAGCUCUACGUCAACUGGCAACAGGCACCACAUCCUCCUGCAGGGGUGAGACAGAAGACUUUCCUCCUUCCAAUCUUUUUCUCCUCAAACUUCUGCUAUUCUUUCUUUUCUUCCAAUUAUUCUAAUUCAAAUGAAAUGAAACAAAUUUAUAGGAUUUUAACAUUAGCAUCUCCACACAGUGGUUCUUCACCCACUGAAAUUCUAAUUGGAUUUAGAAGUAGACUUUUGUUAAGGGAGGAAAAUCGGAGAACAGGAAAGAACCAGCCAACAACUCUGUUCACAUUCGACACCGAGUACAAGGAUCGCUAUGCGUGCUUCCUCAUUCCAUUUUCUUUCUUCUCCUUCUGCUAUAUUCCCAGAACUCUUCUUAUAAAAGCAGCA